UCCCCAGUUUUCUAUACCAAGCUCGGGGCUAUUGCCACUUGAUUCUCCCACUUGAUCCUCUUCUUGUGAUCCAUCUCCGAUAUCUCCCCCACAACUUCUGUCCACCUGCCUUCGAGCACCAUCCAGAACGCCUUGGCCAGCCUCUGAUACCAUAUAUACACACAUCUCCUUCUUCCUGUUCAGUUUCAGCCCUGUCCUCAGUUCUGACGGACACCACCUUCAACUCGACUUACACCCUGGAGCCCCUGAGCGGAACUCUGCACUAGCUACAUCUCUGCUAGCACACCUGACACCAUGUCUCCAUCAAACGCUACCUACGCCAAGAAAGCCGUUCACUUCGGUGCCGGCAACAUUGGUCGUGGCUUCGUUGCCUGCUUCCUGCACAACUCGGGCUACGAGGUCGUCUUCGCCGAUGUCACAGACAAGGUUGUCGACUCCCUCAACAGCCAACCCUCGUACAAGGUCAUCGAGGUCGGCGCCGAGGGCACUGAGGAGAACACCAUCACCAACUACCGGGCCAUCAACUCGCGGACGCACGAGGAGGAGCUGAUCCAGGAGCUGUCCACCGCCGACGUCAUCACCUGCUCCGUCGGCCCCAACAUCCUCAAGUUCGUCGCCCCCGUCAUCGCCAAGGGCCUGGAGAGGAGGCCAACCGACCUGGCCCCCGCCGCCGUCAUUGCCUGCGAGAACGCCAUCGGCGCCACCGACACCCUUGCCGGCUUCAUCAAGGAGAACACCCCGGAGCAUAGGCACGAGGACAUGUCGGAUCGCGCCCGGUUCGCCAACUCGGCCAUCGACAGGAUCGUGCCCGCCCAGGAGGCCGACGCCGGCCUGGACGUCAAGCUGGAGAAGUUCUACGAGUGGGUCGUCGACCGCACCCCCUUCGCCGACCACAGCCCGCCGGCCAUCGAGGGCAUCAACUGGGUCGACCACCUGGAGCCCUACAUCGAGCGCAAGCUCUACACGGUCAACACGGGCCACGCCACGGCCGCCUACCACGGCUACAACCGGCAGAAGCGGACCGUGUACGACGCGCUGCAGGACCGCGAGAUCCACGCCGAGGUGCGUCGCGCGCUCGAGAACACGUCGCGCCUCAUCACGGCCAAGCACGGCAUCGACGAGGCGGCCCAGCGCGCCUACGUCAAGAAGAUCCUGACCCGCAUCGGCAACCCCCACCUCGAGGACGCCGUCGAGCGCGUCGGCCGCGCCCCGCUCCGCAAGCUGAGCCGCAAGGAGCGCUUCGUCGGCCCCGCCGCCGAGCUGGCCGAGAAGGGCGAGGACUGCUCCGCCCUGCUCGACGCCGCCGAGAUGGCCUUCCGCUUCCAGGGCGUCGACGACGACGCCGAGAGCCAGGAGCUGGCCCGCAUCAUGGCCGACAACGGCCCGGAGCAGGUCGUCGCCCAGGUCUGCGGCCUCCAGCCCUCGGAGAAGCUGUACCCCAAGAUGGUCGACAUCGUCCAGAGGGUCCAGGCCGACUCGCUCGACGACUCCGAGUAGAUCGCCUAGGCUUUCUUUCUUUUUUUACCCAUUUCCCAUUCACCUUUUCCUCACGCAAACGCUAUCAUCGAGCUCAUCUGCAUCCACGACGAUCGUUACCCCAUCGUCACACACCCUUUUUGCAUCGUCAUAUCGGCGUUGUGACGGCAUUCCCGGCGUUUUGUUACUUCCCUGAUUUGGGAACUCUUGCUCAUUUUCUAGAUUUUUGUUUUAACUUUGCUUCUCCCUGAGCAACCAACCAACUUUUGGUUUGGAUUCUCUACCUCUUGGUUCCCUGCGGGAUCAGACUUUGUUUUUGGAUUUUAUGAUUUAGAAGGCGUCAGUUUGGGGAUAUGAGAAGCACGUUCCAGAUUUUGUUGAUUCCUGGAACAGGGGAUGGACGAUUGCAUGAAACACGGUAGAGACCAGCAAAGACAAUACAGCAGAAUACCCCGUUGCCAGAACCUCCUUGUCACGGUACCGUGAACUGUAGACGCUUGGGUCAAACAUAAUAGUGAUGGCCCAGCUCAGC